UCGUUGUAUUACUAUAUAAAGGGGAGAGGUUAAACAUGCAUUUGAGUUUGCCAUCAUGAUGCUCCGUUUCUUUGCUGUUCUCCUUGCAGUAACCUGCACCUAUGCCUCGCCUCACAAUCGGGCACUCUGGCAGUUCCAUAGUUUGAUCAAAUGUGCCAUUCCGAACAGCGAGCCCCUGAAAGAAUAUAAUAAUUAUGGAUGUUACUGCGGACUAGGAGGAAAAGGGACUCCCAAGGAUGCUCUGGACAGAUGCUGCGAGGUCCAUGAUAACUGCUACUCCCAAGCCAUGGCACUCUCCAGCUGUGGUGGGCUAGUAGAUAACCCAUAUACCAGGAGUUACCAAUACACCUGUUCUGGAACAAGUAUCACCUGUACAUCUUAUAGUGAUGCCUGUGCUCAGUUUAUCUGCAAUUGUGACCGCGCUGCUGCCGUCUGCUUCUCCAGAUCACCAUACAACCCAGGCUACAAAGACCUUGACAAAAACAAAAACUGCUAAGUUGUCUCCUCUGAUAUUCUGUAUGAUAUCAUCCGAACUGAGAUCAAGUAAUAAACAUAGCGGUAUAUGUGCAA